UAUUUAUUUCUAGGUAGUCCUCUCUACCACAUGGAAUCAGGAAAUGAUACACAGAUUUCAGAAUUUCUUCUGCUGGGAUUAUCAAAGAAACCAGAACUGCAGCCCCUCAUAUUUGGGCUUUUCUUCACCAUGUACCUGAUCACUGUGUUUGGGAACCUGCUCAUUCUCCUGGCUGUCAGCUCUGACUCCCACCUCCACACACCCAUGUACUUCUUCCUCUCCAACCUGUCCUUUGUAGACAUCUGUUUCAUCUCCACCACUAUCCCAAAGAUGCUGUGGAACAUCCAGAUGCAGAGCAAAGGUAUAACGUAUGCAGGCUGCAUCAGCCAGAUAUACUUUUUACUACUCUUUGCAGGGUUGGACGACUUCCUCCUGGCUGUGAUGGCCUAUGAUCGGUAUGUGGCCAUCUGUCACCCUCUGCAUUACACAGUCAUCAUGUACCCCCGGCUCUGUGGGCUGCUGUUGCUGAUGUCCUGGAUCAUAAGUGCCCUGAAUUCCUUGUUACAAAGCUUAAUGAUAUUGAGGUUGUCCUUCUGCACAGUCUUGGAAAUCCCCCACUUUUUCUGUGAACUCAAUCAGGUGGUCCAAUGUGCCUGUUGUGACACCGUCCUGAAUGACAUGGUGAUGUAUUCUGCAUCUGGUGUGUUAGGUGGAGGUCCAUUUGUGGGGAUACUUUAUUCUUACUCGAAGAUAGUUUCCUCUGUGAGAGGUGUCUCAACAGCUCAGGGGAAGUAUAGAGCAUUUUCCACCUGUGCAUCUCACCUCUCAAUUGUUGCCUUAUUUUAUUGUACAGGCCUAGGAGUGUACCUUAGCUCUGCAGCUACACACGGUUCACACUCAAGUGCAGCAGCCUCAGUGAUGUACACUGUGAUCACGCCCAUGCUGAACCCCUUCAUCUACAGUCUGCGGAAUAAAGAUAUAAAGGGGGCUCUGAAAAGAUUCAUUGGGAGGGCGUCUACAAAACAUCAGCUUUUCUGGGACUGA